AUGCCGCCCGUCGCAGGAGCUGGAGGUAUGGCAGGUCCAUCGACCAUUGACAAAGCCAAGAUGGGUGCCAUGAUGGGAGGCACCGUCGGUCUCUGCAUUGGCUUCAUAUUCGGUGCAACAAACAUCAUCAGAUUCGGACCCGGACCUAAUGGCAUGAUGCGAACGCUCGGGCAAUACAUGCUGGGUUCUGCAGCGACCUUUGGGAGAUUCUUUAUGUCCAUUGGAACCACGAUACGAACAGAAAGCUCCCCUAUAAUGACGGAAGCCUUCAAGGCAUCACAAAUGCGACACGGACGACCGACGAUAGCGGAGCAUAUGCAGAGGAGGAGAAAGGCACAGCAAGAGUCGUGA